GAAUUUUCUGCGCAACGGUUUUAUUGUUGACCGCGUUUGAAGUUCUUUGAAUACUGUUUAUAAUUGUGAAUUAAGGUUUUUAUUUUGAUAAGUGAGCAAUAUGUAACUAAACUCACACCUAAUACAAAGUCAGGAGUUGAAUAAAAAACUGCCUUAGGACGUUAAUUGACGCAAGCGUUUAUUUUAUUACCAGUUCUGAAAUACAAUUGCCGAGCAUGGUGGAGAACUUGGAAACGAUCCAGGUGGCGCUGCGCAUCAGGCCGCUGGUUGACAGCGAAGUGGGCAAGGGCUGCCAGGUGUGCCUGGAGUCAGUGGCGCAGUGCCAGGUCCUCGUCAAGAACGUGGACAAAGCUUUCACGUUCAACUACGUUUUCGGGCCCGACGACAGCCAGGACUUGUUCUACAACACGGCUGUGAAACACAUGGUGUCGCGCCUCUUCAAAGGAUACAAUGUGACUGUGUUGGCCUAUGGUCAGACGGGAUCUGGGAAAACCUUCUCCAUUGGCACAAGCUAUAUCGGUGAAGGUGAGAAAGGAGUCAUCCCACGCGCUAUCGACGACAUUUUCGAACAAGUAGCGAAAAUGAGCGACUGGGAGUUCAAGAUAACUGUGUCCUUUGUGGAGCUCUAUAAAGAGCAAUUGUACGACUUGCUUGCGACGACGCGCUGCUCUAUUGAUAUUCGGGAGGACGCGAAAGGCAUAAGAAUGCCUGGGCUGACCGAGAUGGUGAUUGGAACUCCUGAAGAAAUGCUAGACUGCUUGGCUAAGGGAUCGUCUGGAAGAGCAACUGGUGCCACUGCUAUGAACGCACAGUCAAGCAGAAGUCAUGCUAUCUUUACCAUUCAUAUUCAAAUGACUAAACUUGGGGAUAUGAACAACGUUUUGAAUGCAAAAUUCCACUUGGUAGACCUGGCAGGUUCAGAGAGACCGAAAAAGACCAAAGCCGUGGGUGACCGCUUCCAAGAAGGCAUCAACAUCAACAGGGGGCUUCUUGCGCUCGGAAAUGUGAUAUCCGCUCUCGGCGAGGGCAACCACAACUACAUCGGCUAUCGCGACAGCAAGCUGACGAGACUGCUGCAAGACUCUUUGGGUGGUAAUUCGCUGACCCUGAUGAUAGCCUGUGUAAGCCCGGCAGACUACAACCUCCAAGAAACCCUGAGUACACUUAGGUACGCGGACCGUGCUCGACAGAUAAAGAAUAAACCAAUCGUCAACCAGGAUCCUCACACUGCAGAGAUACUGUGUCUGAAGAAGCAGAUCCAGGAACUGCGGAUGCAAGUGGUGCAAGGGGACGGGCAGUCGUGCCCGCCCGAGCACCACCGCCUCGAGGAGGAGAACCUGAUGCUGCUGUCGAAGAUCCGGAACUUCACGGAGCAGCUCAACGAGCUGCUGAACCAGAAUGUCCACUUGGUGGAGCGCGCCCACCUCGCGGAGCAGGCGAGGGCGCGGAUGCAACUCAAGAUGACGGAGCUGCAGGCGGACUACGACCUCACGCUGGGGGGGUUGAACCAGAGCGUGGAGAACAUGAAGAACUGCCCCGCGGAGUUCGCGGAGCAGCUGCGCAAGCUGAGCGUGGUCCAGCAGAAGAUCAAGGACAUGCAGGAGGAGCAGCAGCGGGACAGCGAGGAGCUGCUGAACCACGAGCUGUCGGCGUGCGGGCGGGCCAGCGGCGGGGGCCCCGAAGGGGAGGGCAGUGAGGAGGGCGACAUAGAGGAGAAGCGCGGGGCGCACGUGGUGCAGCAGACGCGCCUCAACCAGGAGCUGCAGGAGCUGACGCGCGCCCUGGCCCUCAAGGAGGAGCUGGCGUCCAAGCUGGCGGCCAACGCCGGCCAGAUGGCGACGGUGCGGGAGGAGUACGCGCUCAACCAGGAGGCCGUCGAGGCCCUCAAGCGGGAGAAGGAGCACCUGCAGCACGAGCUCAGCAGGGCGCAGGCGGCCAACUCCAGCAAGAGUGCAGAGCACUGGCGUAAGCAGAUACAAGAGCUUGAGCAUAAAAUCAAUGCUUUGAACAAAAAGAUCUGUGAUCAGGCUAAAGUUAUUAAAAUGAAGGAAAGGUCUGAUGAGAAAAUAAAUACACUACAGUCUGAAAUCCACGCAAUGAAGAGUGCCAAGGUGCGGUUGAUCCGCCAAAUGAAGGCAGAAGGGGAUAGGUUUAAAUCAUGGAAGCUGGAGAGGGAGAGGGAGCUGAUAAAGUUGAAGGACCAGGACAGGAAGAGGCAGAACCAGAUAGUUCGCAUGGAGCGUCUGCAUGCAAAGCAACAGAAUGUUCUCAAGCGCAAGUUUGAGGAGUCUGUUGCAAUCAACAAAAGGCUCAAGGACGCCCUGGCGCUGCAGCGGACAGUGCAGGAGCGCCGCCACGCCAAGGGGGACGCGACGUCCCGCGUCCAGGCCUGGGUGUCCCAGGAGCUGGAGGUGCUGGUGAGCACCGUGGCCGCGGAGCACACGCUUCUGGAGCUGAUCGAGGACCGCGGCGUCCUCACCGCCCAGCUCAACCAGGUGCGGGCGCAGCUGGAGCAGUUGGACGGCGGGGAUCUGUCGCCCGAGGAGGCGGCGGCGCUGCGCGAGGACCGGCGGCAGCUGGAGGAGGACCUGGAGCUGCGCAGCGCCCAGGUGGCGGACCUGCAGCAGAAGAUCGCCGACUCGGACCAGGAGAACAAGGGCAAGACGCGGUGGGAGUCGCUGCAGAGCAUGGCGGAGGCCAAGUGCGCCCUGGCCCACCUGUUUGAGCUGGCCGCCGAGGUGAAGAAGGAGCUGUCGUUCAAGGCGCGCCGCCUGUCGGAGCUGGAGGACGCGCUGCGCGCCGCCAGGGACGAUGCGGAGGGCUGCCGGGAGAACGCGCGGCAGCUGGCCGCCCGGCACAAGGAGGAUAUUGACCAGUUGGAGAAAGAGCACCAGAACAAGGUGUUCAUGCUGCUGAACCAGCUGAGGGGCGUCCAGCCGGAAGGCGGGGACAAGAUGCUGCGGGACCGCAUCCGGAUCCUGGAGCAGUCGUUCGAGCAGCUGGAGGUCCUGCAGAGGAGGCUGGAGGAGAGCGAGGCGGAGCUGGCAUCCGUGCGGGGGCUCCUGGACCAGCGGACGGCCGAGCUGGAGGAGGAGAGAGAGCGCAAGCACCACCGCAGCAAGCAAGAGAAGAAAAAGGAAAAUGUUGAAAUUUUACCGCCACAUAGAAGUUUGAUUGAAUCAGAUGACGACUUCAUUGACGAUUCGUUUGCUGACCCAGAUUGGCGGAAAACACCUCUGUUCCAAAAAAUCCAGAGGCUGAAGCGCCCGUCCGUGCUGAACACGGACCGGGGGGCCAAGAGGACGGCGGACGGCCAGACCAAGUGCUCCUGCAGGGGCAAGGGCAGGUGCCUCAAGAAGAACUGCAGCUGCCGCAAGAUGGGGGCGAGUUGCGGCCAGCAUUGCCGCUGCGUGGACUGUCUCAACAAGGAUGAGAAUGAAGAUCGGGAAAUAAUUUCAAAGCUGAAUUUCGCUGAUGAAACAAGUUAUGAUGAUGAAGAUUUAAGUAGUGUGGACUCUAAGAGGUCACGGACACUGUCCAGUAUUGAAAACACAAUGGACCACACAUCUAAAAUGAGGGAGCAGGUUCGAUAUUUUCCAGAGCCGGAGGAAUCCUCAAAAGUUGCUACAAGCAGCUAGUACUGAUAUUGUCUGUUGGCGCUUGUUUGUUAUUCAAUGUCCUUGUAGUUUUUGUAUUGAAUAUUUUUUUAGCCAUAAUAUGGUUGAGCACAGACCUUUCUAGUUCAUGUAAAUUUUAAUAUACAAGAGACAUUUUUUAUUACAUCCUCCACAGAGCAAGAGAAAAGGAGUUCUCUGCUGUAAAAUAUUACUAGUAAACACUACAAUUUGAGGACUUCCAUUCUAAUGAAAAUAUUUUAGGUAGGUACUUUUUACUAAUAUUGACAAUUCAUCAAAAUAUUAUUCAUUAUUUUAAAGUGAAAUAUAGACAGUUGCACACAAGUACUCUCAGCCUGUGGUUUGUGCUGCUUUUCAUUUUUCACUUAGAGUUUUUGUUUGGAGCUUUUUUUAUUUAUUGAGAUAAAAAAUAAUAACAGUAUUUGUCUGAAAAUAAAAACAGUAAUUUUUUAUAUAUUUUUUUUUUUGCACAGCCACAAUGUCUGAAUCUUACAAAUAAGCACUCCCUAAAGAACAUCUUCUGGUGUAGCUUGUUUAUCAGGUUUGUCUUUCAUGAAUGCUAACUUAAUGUAAAUUUCUUGACUAUUGUAUAUUAAAGGAUUAGUCAUUCAUUAGGUAUUUAGUUUACAAUCAUAAUGCAAUAUUUUAUUAUAAUAUUUAAAGGCUGAUAGUUUAUGACUGAUGUUAAUAAUAGGUAAUUGUCAUAAAAUUUCUGACAGCUCACUACGUCUGAACAAGGGUGAAUGUAUAUUGCUCAAAGAAAUGUACUUCUGAUGGUGGUAAUAAUUUCCAUUCUGUAGUUUCAGAUUUGGUUUUAUUUUUUUGGUCUUGUUUACAUGUGUGUGGAAUAUGCUUUUAUUAAAAAAAAUUAAAAUACAACCACAAUUAGAAGAGACAAAUUGAAAUAAGUGACUAUGUAUGUGUAUAUAUGGAAUUGGUUUAUUGGUUUAUCAUUAUACUGGCAAUUAUAAAUAUUUGACGUAAAUAUUGUUUUAAAUUAGGUAGCCACGGUGUCUGUCUGCACCCAUUAUCAUAAUUUAUAAAAAAAACAUGACUGUAGUAUAUGUAUCCUAUUUUAAAAAUGCUCAAUGAAUGUCGGUAUUGUAAAAUUUUAGGUACAUAUUAUUGGCUGAAAAAUUUAAUAUAGAAUUUUGAAUGUGAUUUGAGAACUUCAACUUACUGUGUAACUUUCUUAAGUAUUAUUUCUGUGAAUUUUGUGUCUGUUUAUUUUUAAAUUAAAAUGUUUCUUUUUAUUAUUU